AUGACCGACCGAGAUUUCAACGACGAGCGGCUUCAGAAGGCCAUUCAAUACCUGGUAACCGAGGGCAGUGGCGACCCGAUCGAAUUGUAUAUUGCCCGCAUUCAAGCGAUCGACGAACAUAUACUACAGCAGCUCCCGGCACAAGGCAAAUCCUUCGAUCCCAGCCUCUAUCGGCGCUUACGAUCUCUGACUCGAGAAGUCCAAGACGAUGUACAGGCCAUCCACCAAGAAGAGAGCUCGCUGGACUUCAACAGCGAUUCGAGCAUCGAGGCGCUCUACAAGGGCAUGGACGUUGAUAACGAGCUCGAGGUUCAUGGUGUAGAUGUUUCUGCCGCCGCGCCAUCCAUAAUACUGGACAAGGACGAACGCACCGUCGUUGCUAGUUCCUCAGCACCCCGACCGAUCAUCAAGACAAUGAAAACCUUGGAUUCUUCGAAAGCUCCCAGCAAGGACAAGGAGCAAGUGCGCUUUUCAGGAAACGUUCGUACCUCAAUUGACGACGAUGUGAUCGAGAAAUGCUUCUUGUACGGCGGACCGAACAAUGACCCGGAAGUGUGGUACAAAGAUCUACCACCUAUUCUAUCCAUCGGUGAGACACCCUACACAGAGAAGUGGGAAAGCGCAAAGAUCAACUACGAUCUUGUUGGGUAUUGGGGAAGGUCUCCCAAGAAGCUCGAGGGCCCACGGGAUUUCGAACGAACCGACAUCUACGAUUCUGGGUCCCAGUACAAGCUGCCGGCUGGUCGCUCAUAUGCCUGGUCUCGUAACGAAGAAGAACAUGCUAGGAUACAGGGAUUGUGGCCUUCCAUACUAAGGGCGUUUAAUAAUGGAUUGCAGGAUUCUGAUGCGCAGCAAGGGGACAAGAAAUACGCUCCUCGUAUGAUACUACCCCUCGUCAGCGAAGUUUUCAUCAAACCCUUCACAAAGCUGACUAGAGCUUCGAGUGGUCAAGCUAGCGAGGGGCGACGCAUAAGCGAAGGCAAGGGAAAGUGGGAGGUGCCAGUCAUCGAGGUUCCCAACGAGGGCCUUCAUACGCACUCACAACGCUCGCGGUGGGAGUCUUCAAGUUAUUCACGACCACGACUUCCUGAGACGAAUUUGAGGAAAUUCAAUAGCAAGCGCGAGGCAGCGGCCCGCAGAGACAAGUCCGAGACGCUCAGUCCGCGCGAGAAGGCAGUGCUUCGGACCAGAGCCGCUCUCGCUACUACUCCCACCCCCGAGACGCGAGCCACAGCAAGGCCAUCGGCUGGCCCUACGCUCGUCAAACGGAAGCAAGACCGCACCCCUAACAAGCCGCAAGACCCAUCAUAUCCUCCGCGUCACAAGAGUCAUGAUGCAGAACUACCAACCAUCCUGGAUUAUUCAACUCUCAAGGAAGAUACCAACGAUCUCGUCAAUGCUGAGCCUGCAAGACGGAAGCGGGUCCGCCCUGCCAGCAAGCCACAUGAUCCGUCUUAUCAUCCUCCGCGUCGCCAAAGCCAAGAUGUCAGUUCGCCAACAACUCCAGACAGGUCGACCCUCGAGGCAGAGAUCGACGAUCUGAAUGAUCCUGGGUCUGCUAAACGUCCACAUAAACGCUCUCAUAAGGGUUCUACAGACCCGAGUUACAGACCCGGGCAAAGUCCUGUAACUCCCACGAAGAGGAAGCGAGAUGAGAAUUUGGACUUCAAGGAGUCGAGCAAGAAGGCCAAGAAGCUCAGGGGGACCAAGAAGAAAAGUCCUGUGUCUUCAUCGCAUGUCGAAUUCGCGGGAGAAGAGCCUGAGCCAGCCACGAAGGCAACUCCAAGCAAGAAGGCCACGCCUACAAAGAGCGCGAUCAAAAAGCCCAAGCGCAUAUCUGCCGAAGACCGCGAACUUGCAAGCACCAUGACCUUCGAUCGGAGAGGGAAGACGAGGUCUAACAAAGAUUACAAACCCAAGCGACUGCGUAGCCGAGAUGACACAGCGUAA